AUGUUGAGGAAGUGCUUGAUUGUAAUUGGUCGACCCCUGCAUUGGUUUGUAAGAGGACGCAAUUUACGCAAAACUGGAUGCAUGUCGGACGAUUGGACUCGGACUUAUCGGAGUUUCCAUUACCAUUGUGGUUUAGCUGAUCUUACAUCUAACAAGUCGGAACCACAUCAUACAUCCCGUCAACGGAUGUCAUGUUUAGACAAUCCCCAUCACGUAUCUCAACCUAUUGUUGAUCUCACCUUCCACCUUCGGCAGCCCUGCGGUUCCGAAUCCAGACUUCACGCAACCCACAAGCCUCAAGCGUGUAUUUGA